GAGAAGGGGAGAGAUGUUCCUUCAGAUUGGAUAAAACGUCCCUCACUCUAGGGGGAAGAAGGGAAAGGGUGUGUAUACGCAGAUGAAGGCGGAAGUUGUGACGUGAGGUAGCGCCCGGCAGAAUGGAGGCCGCACAGGAGACAGGGAAUCUGACUGGCAUCAGACAGAUCAUCUUGGUCCUUUCUGGAAAAGGAGGGGUAGGGAAAAGCACCAUUUCUACAGAGCUGGCCCUGGCCCUCCGGCAUUCGGGCAAGAAGGUUGGGAUUCUGGACGUGGAUCUCUGCGGUCCCAGCAUUCCCCGAAUGCUAAAAGUACAAGAUAAAGCUGUGCACCAGUGUGACAGUGGCUGGGUGCCUGUGUUUGUGGACCAAGAGCAAACCAUCUCCCUCAUGUCUGUGGGUUUCCUACUGGAGAAACCAGACGAGGCUGUGGUGUGGAGAGGCCCCAAGAAAAAUGCAUUGAUAAAACAGUUUGUCUCCGAUGUGGCCUGGGGUGAUCUGGACUAUCUCAUUGUGGAUACACCACCAGGCACCUCUGACGAGCACAUUUCUGCUGUGGAAGCCCUUCGCCCUUAUAAGCCUCUGGGAGCUAUUUUGGUUACUACACCCCAGGCAAUAUCUGUGGGUGAUGUCAGGAGAGAGCUCACCUUUUGCAAGAAGACAGGGUUGCGGGUGAUUGGAAUUGUGGAGAAUAUGAGUGGUUUCGUCUGUCCACAUUGUUCGGAGUGCACUCAUCUUUUCUCUAAGGGUGGUGGGGAAGAACUGGCCAGACAUGCAAAAGUCCCCUUCUUAGGCUGUGUUCCCCUGGAUCCUCAGCUCACAAAGAGUUUAGAGGAAGGCCAAGACUUCAUCCAGGAAUUCCCUAAAAGCCCUGCUUUCCCUGCAUUCAUUUCUAUCACUCAGCAGAUCUUGGAUGGGACGUUGGCUCAGACCUCCUAAUGAAGGCAUCUCAGGCCCUUGCCUACUGCGAUUCCUUUUUUUGCUGCUUUUGGAUACAGCCCUUUGUUUGAAAGACUUGUAACCACAAGAAUGUCACAGAGAAAAAUCCUCUAAACAAACUUCCUGGAUCAUUCAGAAGCCCUCAGUGCAAAGGAGCCAGUGUCAUUUCUACAAUUUCACUGCUAUUAAAAUAGACUUACUAAAGACCAGGUAGUUGUUGCCUCUGGGGCAUUGGCUUUGUUUCUUUUCCACCAUUCCUAGCAGCAUGUCGAAUUCAGGCAUGCUUCUACUCAAAGUGGGCUUAUGUGGAUCCACAGUGGUUAGUGGUACUCAGUUUUUAGCUGCUUCUCACAAGACAGGACCAUGGAGGGCAUGCUAACUUUGGCCGAGAUGUAGCUAACUGUAGAGACAUCCCAACAUAAUGACUGGCAUUUCCCUCUCUGCCUCUGGUACUAACACUAUUGGAUACACUAUGGACAUCUUUCCUUGGCUCUGGGUGCAGGAUUCUUACUUCUAAGUGCUAGAGAUGGAGUAUUUUCCUUUUCAGAUGUGUAAGUACCAUCUGGCAAUUAAGUCCAUAUGAUAACUUGGAAACAUAUGUAGUCUGAAGGAAUGUAUCUCUAGCCCCACCAUACCAUAACCUUAAUGUCACCUGAUGAAGAUUUCCUCAUUGUUAAAUAUGCCUCAGGAAUGCUUUGUAACUUUAAAGGAGCCUACAAUUAAAAAAAUUCACCCUGGCUUUGCAUCUUUGUGACCAUUCA